ACUCCUGGAGUCGUGCUCGACGAAGAAGCAAAGUGCAUCUGUAACGGAAUAAAUAAUAAUAACAAUAAAAAUAAGAAUUUAAAAAGAAAUCUAUUAAAGUCUCAAAAUGAACAAAUGGGUCUUCCUGGUCCUCCUGGGAACAGGUCUACAUGUCUCGGCUGCACUGACUCACUCUCUGAAGUAUUUCUACACUGGGUCCUCUGAAGUCCCAAACUUCCCAGAGUUUGUGUCUGUUGGGUUGGUUGAUGAAGCUCCGAUAAGUUACUAUGACAGUAACACCAAGAGAGCAGAACCCAAACAGGACUGGAUGAAGAAAGUCACAGCAGAUGAUCUGCAGUACUGGGAGAAAGAGACUGACUAUUUACGUGGUUCCCAGCAGGCCUCCAAAGCCAACAUUGAAACUGCAAAGCAGCGGUUCAACCAAACUGGAGGUAUCCACAUUGCCCAGAGAAUGUACGGCUGUGAGUGGGACGAUGAGACCAAUGAGGUUAAGGGUUUUCGUCAGGAUGGUUAUGAUGGAGAAGACUUCAUAGUAUUUGACCUGCAGACGCUGACUUGGAUCGCUGCCAAACCACAGGCUGUCAUCACCAAACACAAGUGGGAAAAUAACAAAGCUCAGUCAGCGUUGUAUCACAACUACCUCACCCAGAUUUGUCCUGAGUGGCUGAAGAAGUAUUUGGACUAUGGGAGGAGCUCUCUGCUGAGAACAGAUCUUCCCUCAGUGUCUCUCCUCCAGAAGACGCCCUCCUCUCCAGUCAGCUGCCACGCUACAGGUUUCUACCCUGAGAGAGCCACACUCAGCUGGAGGAAAGAUGGAGAGGAGCUUUAUGAGGGCGUGGAGCUCGGAGAGAUCCUCCCCAACCACGAUGGAACCUUCCAGAUGAGUGCUGAGCUGAAGCUUUCAUCAGUCACACCUGAAGACUGGAGCAGGUACACCUGUGUGUUUCAGCUCUCAGGUGUGAAGGAGGACAUCAUCACCAAACUGGACAAAGCAGACAUCAGGACCAAUGGAGAGAAGCUCGUUAACAUGGCCGUCAUCAUCCUGGUUGCCGUGCAACUGGGUCUCGCUCUCGUCUUCAUCACUGCUGUUGUAUUAGUGGUGCACAAAAAGAAGAAAGCCAAAUGCCCUCCGUCUCCUGACAACAUCUCUGAGCUCUCUGAGAAAGUGACUCUUCAUCACUGAAUAACAAACACAGCACCUGAACACAGUGAGUGGCUUCAUAUGAGACAUGAACACAGACUUUAGUAAAACAGUGAUAGCAGUUUAUUAAACUGGUGUUGAAGCAAAUGAAAAACAAACUGUACUUCAAUUAUUAUUAAAUAUGAGCAGGACAGGAAAUGGACUCAUGGGGUUUUGUAUCACACUGCUGAAUUAUUUUGAUUUGUGUGUAAUUAAUUUGACAAAUAUUCCCAUCUGGUUAUCACCAAACACCAGCACUGUGCACACACAUAAAAUAUCAUCAUCAGUAGAAAAUGUUCCAAUUGUGUAAAACUGGAAAAAGACCCAAUUUUGUUUUCAACAGUACUGAAGUUGUUAUGAAUAUUCUGUAAAUUAUGCAUUUAUUCAUGUAAAUAUGUUAUAAAGGUGUUUGUGAAUUAAUGAGCAGUCUGUUACUGUUUGUUUUUCUUUUCUUUUUUUUUUACAUUUUCAUCUUUUUUUAAAUGUUAAGAAUAAUGUUUAAACAUGAUUAUGUUUGAAUUUCAGCUGAAGUCCUUGAAAUAUUGUGUUUGAUGCUUCUCAGCACGAGCUAAAUUCUGCUGCUGAUGUUGCUGCUGCUGCUCAGAAGUUGUACAGCAAUUUUGUACUUUUGCUUUUCAUUAAAGCAUUAAAGCAUUAAAGCAUC